GAAAACCGGCAUGAUCGUGAAAUUUGUCUUGUGUCUUGACACAAGAAAUUUUUAACCAACCAAUAGAAUUCUGUAUAGGUGAGGGUCAGUCAUGGACAGACUUGACUAUCGCCGCAGUCGAAGCCGCGAGUCCUACAGAAGUGGCGGACACAGAGACAGCACCCCACUGGCCUACUCCGGAGCAUAUCGCAACCACAGCUCUUCCAGACGUCGAAGUCGAAGCUAUAGCCGAGAACGAGGACGACACCGGUCUCGAAGUCGAGACCGGCGUUCCCGAAGUCGAGACCGGCGUUCCCGAAGUCAUGAUCAUCGGACGCGCAGCCAAUCUCAUCGGUCACAUAGCCGGGACAGUCGCAGGAGCAGCAGGAGACGUGGGGGUAGAGGGCGCUCUUCAUCGUCUUCAUCUUCCUCCUCUGACUCAUCGGAUCAGUUACGAAGGCAACGAGAAGAAGAGAAACAGGCAAAGGAGAUUCUGGCAGCCCGUGUCUUUGUGUGUAAUCUUCCUUAUGGGAGCUUUACAGAGGCUGACCUGAGACAUAUGCUGGAUAGUCAUGGCAAACUGAAAAGCGUCAACAUGUUUGUGGAUCGUGGAUACGCUUUUCUGCAGUACGAGACUGAGGCCGAUGCGAGGAUUGCUGUGGAGGAAGGCCGAGGGAGUAUUUGGAAAGGGCGUAAAAUUGAUAUAAAAAUGGCUAUGGAAGGAAGACGAGACAGAGAAGGAUUUGCCAGACGUCCCUCACCCCCUCCGCCCAUGGGGCUUCUUCCUCUGUCUGGUGUACAAAGGCCUGACCCGGACAGACCUGACAGUUUAACCCCAGGCCGCCUCCCACGAGACCGUUCACCUGUUCGCCUCGUCAGAGAUCGCUCACCCUUGAGGGACGACAGAUACAGAGACCCCUACAGAGAUCUGAGAGACCCCCCUGUCAGGCGAGAUGACCCGUAUUAUGAUGACCCCUACAGACGUCUCCCUCCUCCAGACGACCCUUACCUGGACAGACUGAGAGACGACAGAUACAGAGGACUCCCCCCACCACCCCCACGUCGCGAGCCAUAUGUGGACCCUUACCUGCCCCCACAGCGACCCCUACCUCCUCCAGAGUGUACUGUGCUACUCACAGAGGAACAAGUCAGACCAUACGGCGAGUUGAUCAUUAGGAAGGUUAAGGCCAAUGGAUUAGUAGCUUCCAUUGCCGUGCUGCCUGAAGACCGCACUAUUCCACUGGCGGUGGAGGACAUGACAAGACGGGGGACACUGUUUGCCAUCGUCAUCACCAGCCAAAACGAAGUUCAUAGUUCAGUCACUCUGAACAUCUUGCACGGUCAGCCACAAGAGCACAGAAACAUGCCUCUGGAUGACGCCAUGUCUUUAGUAGCGCGAAGUUUUGAUCGUUACGUGCAAUCAGUACGUGAAAAGGCUGCCCCACCGCCCAGGCCAGCCCCAGGCCCAGCCCCUUUUAUAACGCCUGAACCUGGAAUCUCUUACUUGUUAAAUCUGCUGGCAGAUAAUCGUCAGCUGACCGUGGUAGAGCUAGAUAAAGUCAUCAGUUACCUCACCGAGAGACGCAAUAAGCUGAGAGGUGACCCACCAGUAGCAGAGAGUCCUGCAGUCACAGUUGCCCCCCAGGGCAGCCAUUUUGUCCCCAGAAGAGAAAGAGGGUAG